UGGAACAGGGGAAGCCGGGGAGGGGAUGUUGGCAGUGCCGGUGCGCCUCCUCUCCUCCUGCCAGCUUCUGGAUAGUGGCAGCAGCUGCCACCUAAACCCCCCCUCCGGCUGUCUGCGACCCCAUGAAGGCUGUGGACAUGGAUCUCUUCGGGGAUCUACGGAGAAUGAACAAGAGGCAGCUUUACUAUCAAGUUCUUAACUUUGCCAUGAUUGUGUCGUCUGCCCUUAUGAUAUGGAAAGGCCUCAUCGUGGUCACAGGGAGCGAGAGCCCCAUUGUCGUCGUACUGAGCGGCAGCAUGGAGCCAGCCUUUCAUCGAGGAGACCUGCUGUUCCUCACAAAUUUCCAAGAAGACCCCAUCCGGGCAGGAGAGAUUGUUGUUUUCAAAGUGGAAGGCAGAGACAUCCCGAUAGUCCACAGAGUCAUCAAAGUCCAUGAAAAAGAGAAUGGAGAUAUUAAGUUCCUAACUAAGGGAGAUAAUAAUGAAGUUGAUGACCGAGGUCUCUAUAAGGAAGGACAGAACUGGCUGGAAAAGAAGGACGUUGUGGGCAGAGCGCGAGGGUUUUUACCAUAUGUCGGAAUGGUAACUAUUGUGAUGAAUGAUUAUCCUAAAUUUAAGUACGCUGUUCUUGCCAUCAUGGGAGCUUUUGUACUUUUAAAACGUGAAUCUUAAGCAGAGUAAAAGAUUCUGCG